UAAGAUAGUCGUACAGUAUUGAAUGAGAGCCUCAAUCAAACAAAGGCAUCAUAGCAUCGAAUCACUCAAUGGUUUUUGUGUAUAGUGGCCGACACCGCCUUUCUGAAUUAGGUCUACUUACUUGUACUGUAUGACAAUAAGUGAUCCGUCUCUGAGCCAAGCUUCGGGGAAGCGUCCCUAAAAACUCUGCGUGGGGUUCGAUAGAGAUUCAGGUGGCACGAAUUCAAUAGAAUAGAAUCAAUCAAAGAUGAGUUCGCGCUCAACACAAAAGGCAGGGAAGAGGCAAGAGAAGAUCCGGCGCAAGGCCAGUUUACAACUGUCCAAGCUACAGGCUUCGACGAAAGACGAGGCACGAGAUGCUGCGACGAAUGUGGCAGAGCUUUUCACCAGAGGCUGGAAAUUCAGCAACUUCAGCCUUCCAGAAGCCAUGCUGCCAUCCUACGAUGCCGACGCCAAUUCGAAAAGCUCAAAGGAAGCCGUCGGGAUUGAAUCUGCUGUAAAAAGAGGUCUGCAAAAAGGAUCCAGCGAGAGGAAUGAGAGAAUCAACACAGAGGGUGUCUUUCGAGAUGAUGCUUCUGAUUUUGAUCUAACCACUAUCACAGAAGACGUCCUCACCAACAUUUCGGGUGACACUCAGUCACAAAAGCGCAGCAAAGACAAAAAGAAACAAAAGGAUGGAGGAAAGAAGAAGAAAAAGAGCACUCUGGAUAUGUUGUCGAAAGAGUUGACGCACGAUGCUUGGAUGUGUGGCGUCUGUGGGAAGGCUUUUUCCUCUUUGGCUGCAGCCGACAAACAUGAAGAGAGACACAUCCAGGAUAUUGUCCUUGGACUUGGUUGGGGAGUCGACAACAGAAAUUAUUUUACUGGUGGUGCUAGUGGGUAUUUCUCUUCCAAUGAAAGUGUGGCAUCGUCGCGCUAUGGAACUGGCUCUACUCAUCGAGUCACCUUUGGAAAUGACCCUCGAAUGGAGACACAUUCCACUACUUCUGACGGAAUCGACCCAGUUCGUCAGAUGCACACGGCAGGGGCUGGUGGACUAGAUCCGUUGUUUGGGGACAGAUAUGAUGAGGAUCAGGAUGAAAGUUUAUUGCUUUCCAACAAUAUGAAACAAGCCAUUGUGCUGGCCGACGAAGCCUUGGUAAACGUGUGUGAAAAAGCUGAAAAACUCGUUCUCACAGAAGCAGAACGAGAGGCAGAAAGGGAACUCAUGUUGCUGUCAAAAGACAAAUCUUACUAUGAUCUCAUUUCAGAGAGAACCCUGAAUCGAAAGCGGAAUCCUGCCAGUCGUUUCCGGUCCGAAGGCAAAACUGUACUCAGCAAAGUCCAGAACAAGUUUGUCGAUGCGUAUCAGCUCAUGAAAGAAGGAGACCAGGGGCUUUCAUCAGAUCAGUACAAUCGCAAGCGGACAGGGCAAGAUGACACCGAUCACGUGCUUUCUCAUGAUGAUACGACUUUGUAUGUCAACGUGAUGGUGAGGAAUUCUAUCCAGGUUGUCAGUCAUGAACUGGAGCGGCUUGCCAAGCGGCGGUGGGAAGAUGCCAAUUCAAAAGACCAUGGCGGGAACCGCUUUGAGCGCUUCAGGGCGCUGGCUCAUGGAAACUUGGUCAAACUGGCGGGUCUUGCUCUGGCAAGUGAUUUUACACCGAGGCGUAUCGCUGUCCAGUUGUCGAAUGAUUUGUAUCGACUGCUCAAGCCAAAGAUGAAGAGACGUGGGGUGACAAUUGAAACAGAGAUCGAGUAUCGCAUUGGGCCGUAUUUUGUGCUUGCUGUUAAUAUUCUGUCAAUUGAUUGGGGGAGACUGAUUGUUGCAACAAAGAAGGAUGUAGUAAUAAGAGAAUCGCGAUGGCAAGCGAUGCAAAGACGGAAGGCACUAGAGGAAGGAGCAGAAGCGAAUGCAGACGCAGAAGAAAGCCGAUGGCGAAAGCGAUGGGAGAUGUUUUGCCAUUUCACAAGAAUGACGCGAUUUGACAUGAUCGCACAAGUCUUGUCGUGGUUGCACUAUUGCCAUUGGAUUAUCUAUUGGCCAGUUUGCACCUUCUAUUACUACACAUUCAUGGGCUCGACAAUCCGAAGUUUCAUCAUCUCAUCUGUUACCGACGAGAUCUUCUUUUAUGUGGAGGAGAAAGGCAUGGAGAUGGAAAUUGAAGUUAAAAAAGCCAAAAGGCAGGCUGCCUUCAUGCUGUCUGCUCUCCGAGAGAUCAGGGCGGACGAUCGAGCCCUCAAAAAGAAGCAGCAAGAAUCCGAUUCAGCCGACAAGGGGACUAUUCUGGGACCGCUACUUGGACCGGCAAUCAAACAGGACAAAGAUGCACCUGUCAUACCGCCAGGGUUUGAAAUACCAGAGAACUUGGAGGACGUUGGCCUCGAGCUGGAUCUGCCGGUUGGAUUCAGACGCCUACGAUGGGCACUUCUAAGCUCCACGUCUGAGUUUUUGAAGGAAGCUGUCUUUAGGACUGAGUGCAACUAUGAUGACUUGACUUUUGGCUCUUGGUCGAAGCACGACGAAAACAUUGGAGCAGUGGAGACUCCACCUGGCGUUGAUCCUGCCGACUUUCUUGGUGCAGAAAAGGAGACCAGCUACUUGAUGCCAAAGAGUGCCUUCGUGUCCGCGAAUAUGUGCUAUGAAACCAAUCGAAUCGCAGCUUAUAAUGACUACGUCUUUUGCCUCAAGAAGGAGGCUUUGACACCUGAUGUGCCGUAUGGCAAGACAUUCAAAGCAUGGACUCAGUUUCUCGUCAUCAACACUGGCAACAACACUUGUCGGCUAAUCUGCUCGGUAGAGGCCGAGUUUCCAAAUGGACCACCGCUGGUUUCCAGGCAAAUCAAGAGUGGAAUGCGAGCAGGAACAGGAGAGAUCUUUGUGAAGGUCGGUGAAACCAUUUCGAAGUACGCGGAUGAGUAUCCUUAGCUUCGUUUUCUUCUGAGAAAACAACAGCUGUGAACAAGUACUGUCCUCGCUCAGCCCAAAGUAGCAAGCAGUCCCCAAACCAAGUAUUGCUCCGAGUUUGGUAUCAUCAUGGUACCACUGCAGUAACUAGCUAGAGACACUGCUAUCGUAACUAGUCUAUAGAAACCAAACGCUUUGCUACAGC